AGGGGCUGGGAGGAGGAGUGCCUGCUGCAGCUGCCUGUGCAAUGACUGGCUCCUUCCUCUAAGUCCCUGACUCCCAAGGACUUUAAUUAGCAGCUCUCAGAGCAGGGGAACAGAUCAGCUCUGACUGGAGGAGAGAGACUUCUCUCCCAUCUUCACGGUCUAUAUAUCAGUGUAUGGACAGAGCUAAUGCAUGCUAUUGCUGGAGAAGGAGAAUGUGGACUCUGACCUGCCAGCUUCUUCUGGCAUCUGGAGCAGAAUAAAGGACAUCUUUCUACAACAGAGAAGAAAGCAGAUUUUUCAUUUAUGCAGAAAAGAAAACUGCACAAUGAAGAUUGGAAUGAUUGCUUCUGGGAAGGAAGAGAAUAGCACCAUGGAUAUGAAAAUGGACCUGGAUACAUUACGUUACUGGCCGGGGCUGACCACACCUUCCAGUGAGAUACUCCCUAAACCUGAGCUUAUUGAUAUUACAAAGCUCAUAGGUGUCCAAGUGAUUCUUAUCUUGGCAUACAGUUCCAUUAUUCUUCUGGGAGUAAUUGGAAACACCCUUGUAAUUUAUGUUGUCAUCAAAUUUAAGACUAUGCGCACUGUCACCAAUUAUUUUAUUGUCAAUCUGGCAGUGUCUGACUUAUUGGUGAACACUUUAUGUCUCCCAUUCACAUUGGUUUACACUCUUCUGGAUCAGUGGAAGUUUGGAACAGUGUUGUGCCAUUUAGUGACCUAUGCUCAAGGCUUGGCAGUGCAAGUAUCAACAGUUACUCUUAUGGUAAUUGCCCUUGACCGGCAUCGAUGCAUUGUAUACCAUCUAGAGAGCAAAAUCUCGACAAAAAUUUGCUUUAUGAUUAUAGGCAUUACUUGGACUUGUAGUGCCAUACUUGCCAGCCCAUUGGCAAUUUUCAAAGAGUAUUCUCUUAUUGUUAUUUCACCAGAUUUUCAAAUUCAAGUUUGUGCCGAAAAGUGGCCUUUAGGACACUUGAACUACAGCACAAUAUACAGCAUAUCAAUGUUGUUGAUUCAGUACAUUUUACCUCUGGCCUUAAUUUCAUAUGCUUAUAAAAGAAUAUGGACCAAACUAAAGAACCAUGUCAGCCCAGGAGGGGGUAAUGACCACUAUCACCAAAGACGACGUAAGACAACCAAGAUGUUAGUAGCUGUGGUAGUGGUAUUUGCAGUGUGCUGGCUACCUUUCCAUGCCUUUCAACUUGCAAGUGACAUUGAUAGCAAAGUUUUGGACCUGAACGAAUAUAAAUUCAUUUAUACAGUAUUUCAUGUGAUUGCAAUGUGCUCUACGUUUGCCAACCCAAUCCUUUAUGGGUGGAUGAACAACAAUUACAGAACAGCGUUCCUCACCGCUUUUAAAUGUGAGCAGAGGAUGGAUUCUAUACACUCUGAAGUCUCUGUAGCCUUUCAAGCCAAGAAGAAACAGCUACAAGUCAAGGAGAUUAAUGGGCCAGUCAACAACUGUCAAAGCACUUGCACUCAACCUACCAAUGUGUAAUGCUAGAGUGGACUAAUGUCACAUAAAAACCUUUACUUUGGAGAGACAAUGUUAAAAGUCUGUGACAUCAAUGCAGUUUUAAAGAGAGAACCCAUGCAAAACUAAUAGUAAGGCCAUGAUGUGUCUUUCAGAUGGAAAAGGCCAUUUGGCUCAUUUAGUGGCAACAUACAUUUAAGUACUCGUGAUCUUGGAGUUUCUGAUCCAAAUUUGCCCAUAAUGUGCCUGAAAAAAACAGAUCCAACCCAGAUUUUCUCAUGCUACAGUAUGUGUCUUCUUGUAAAAUGGAUUUGUCAGGUUUUCUGCUUAUCAUUCACUGAAUGAAAUACGAUAUAUGCUUGCACUUAAUGCCAACUUACUGGAAAGAUCUCACAAUGAAAUGGACUUGUCUUAAAAAUAAAAAUAAAAAAAUCGGUCAGACUUUAGCUGUGUUCAAUCCAGGUUCUUUCUUACUUACACUUGGUAAUGAUGAUAAAAGAGACACUGAAUUAAAGGGGUAUUAUGGUUGUUAGAAGUUAUCUCCUAUUCACAGGAUAGGAGAUAACUAUUAGAUCGGAGGUGGUCCUAGUGCUGGAACCCCCACCGAUCAUGAGAACGGGGGCACAAUACCCCCUGCAGCCCCCCUAAACUGAACUGAGUCAGGUAUGAGUGUGGUCACUCCAUUCAUUUCUAUGAGAGUUCUGAAAUAGCUGAGUACAUCGCUCCACUAUCUACGGUAUUCCCAUAGAAAUAAAUGGAGCAGCCACACACAUACCUGACUGGCCACUCCGUUCAUUUAACCGGGACUGCUGGCGAAACGGGGCCCCCGUUCUUGUAAUUGGUGGGGGUCCCUGUGGAUAGGGGAUAACUUCUAACAACCGGUAUACCCCUUUAAAUGCUCAACUAAAUGAGCAUCAUAAGGAUGUAUUUUCAUGGCGCAGAACAUGUGCAGUUUGCCAUGGUCUUACCGUUAUUUGGAUAUCUAAUUAGGAAAACUGCAAUCGUGGUAAAACCAUGACAAGCACCACAUGUGUUUGCUUCCAUAUGGCAGUAUAAUUUUCUCACACCGUUUUAUACAGUGUGACGCAAUUUAUUUCAGUUUUUAAUCACCUAAUUUUUACUAUUUCUAUUUACCAAUGAUCUUUUACUAUGUAUACAUGUACAUGUUGUAUAUUACAACAGUUAGUAUGCUUCUACUGUACGUACCAUAUUGAAUCGUUCACAUGAUCUGUCUAUGAAUGUCCUUUUUCAUACCAGUGCAUGUAGUGCAAUAGUGAUCUAUAAAGCAAUCCAUUUAUCUUGUAUUUUUAUAUUAUGACAUUAGUUAUUUUAUGGUAUUGCUGUAGUAAUCAGUACAGAAUUUCUCUACCAAAUGAUGUAUGCUGGUAAACCUGCUUGCAUGAGUUGCCAAAGUUAGUAAACUGCAGUGCCAAACCCCCUUCAGUAUAGCUAAAGCUUAAUGUAUGCUGUUUUAUGCGAUUACCAUAGUAAAUAUACAGAACUGCAGACAUUGGUGUUUCGUACAUGAGCGGUCUGAGUAUCAUGUCUGAAUUAUUCAUUUGUACUAGAUAUUUAUUCCCAGUUGAGGUAAAAUACAUGUUGGAAGCACAAAAAAUGCAUUUCAGUAGACUUUCUAAAGGGUAAAAUUAAACAGGUUAGCGGGUAGCUAAAAGUAAAGCAUGAAGAAUGUGGAAGUAGAAACACACACAUCGGUUUUUAAUAGCUUUUUGAUUUUUAACACUAAUGCCUGUUGUACUGGGCAUGGACAACUUUUUCUCUAUGAAAUGUUACUUUAUGAUAUGCUUAAAGGGGUUGUCUCACUUCAGCAAAUGGCAUUUAUCAUGUAGAGAAAGUUAAUACAAGGCA